AUGUAAAAAACAAAUAUAAAAUCUGUUACAGCUCGAAAUGAGUAAGCGAAAGCUAAACUCACUAAGUAUGAAUAAACUUGAAUCAUUAGAGAAUAAUUUCUAACUCUAACAAAAAUGUGUUAGAGUACAAGCACACAAUAAUUGUUGAAUAAGAAGUUGCCAUCUUAGUAAAAACCUGGAUUGACAAAUUAAUUGAAUAUCACUCCUAGGAAUAAUACUCCAAAAAGUUGUAGAACUGCAUAAGAAGUAUAAUGUUUAGUUUAAAAUAGAUGAAAUAUUUUCUUUAUUAAAAGAAUCUAGUUAAAGAUUCAAUUAAUAAACCGCAAAAUCAUUCUUAAUUGCUUCCUAAGACUAAGAAUAGUUUACAUAGAAAUUUCUCUUAGUUAGAAAAAUCAUCAACUAGCUAAUAAAACAAUGUAUAAUCAACAGCACCAAAUACAGUAAAAAAAAAAUACAAUUUGCUUUCAACUGACUCAGCAAAUAAAUCUGACUAAAGAUUCUCAUCUGUUCAAUUCGCAUAAUAAAUAGCUCAAUAAUUAAAAAAGAAGUUCGAACCAUAAUAACCAUAAUAAAAAAAAGAAAACUUACAUGUUAGCUUAGAUGAUUUUGUGACAUAAAUAAAUAGACCUUAAUCAAUAAUUUCCCCUUUUAAGUAAACAAAAUCAUUAUCACCAUCAACAAGAGUUAAUGUAGUUCCCACAAAAAGUAUUAAUUUUGUAUAAUAGAUUAGAUUGCCUUUAUUAUGUAUCGUCUUUAAUUGAAUCCUUCAGACAUAUAAUACCAUAAAAUUAAGAACAAUAAUUAUUUAGGGAUCAUGCUGUUUAAACAUUUAAUUGUGUAUCUUUCUGUGUAAAAUUAUAAGAGCCUUCAAAAAUGAUUUUAGAAUAAAAACAAAUAGAGAUUCCCCCAAUGAAAUCAAAUUAUAAAUGUAUAAAUGAUAUUUGUAUUAUUAGUCAAGAAAACUGUAGUAUUUGAUUUAGAUGAAACAUUAAUUCAUUGUAAUGAGAAUCAAAAUUUGAGAGCAGAUGUUUAUUUACCAAUAACAUUUCCCUCAGGAGAUAAAGCUUAAGCAGGUAUAAAUAUUCGUCCUUAUGCUAAAUGGAUCUUAUAAGAAUUAAGUUAACUUUGUGAGGUUAUAGUUUUCACUGCAUCACAUUAAUGCUAUGCUAGUUAAGUGAUUAAAUAUUUGGACCCAAAAUAAACACUUCUUUCUGGUUAAUUGUUUAGGGAUAGAUGUGUAUUAUCUUAAGAUGGAGUACAUAUUAAAGAUUUGAGAGUUUUGAAUAGAGAUCUCAAAGAUAUCGUUUUAGUAGAUAAUGCAGCAUACAGCUUUGGAGUUCAUUUAGAAAAUGGAAUACCCAUUAUUCCAUAUUAUGAUAAUAAAGAGGAUAAAGAAUUAAAAAUGUUAUAUGAUUUUCUUGUUGAUUAAGUAUUACCUGCACCAGACUCUAGACUUGUCUUAUAAUCAGUUUUUAGAUUAAGAGAAUAUUACAAUUAUGGGGAACCAAAAUAAGCCAUAGAGAAAUUAUAUUGA